GAGUCUCAAACAUCAUCCUAAAACGCUCUGAAAUAUUGCAAGUAGAAUAAUUAAUUAGCUAAAGUGAGUGUUUCAGAGAGAAUGAUGAAGAAAGUAAUCAAAUAUGAUAUGGAGGUAGCUACCUCAGCUGAUUCAGUAUGGGCAGUUUACAGUUCGCCGGAUAUCCCUAGACUUCUCAGAGAUGUUCUACUUCCCGGUGUCUUUGAGAAGUUAGACGUCAUUGAAGGAAAUGGCGGCGUCGGUACAGUUCUUGACAUUGUUUUUCCUCCAGGUGCGGUUCCUCGAAGUUACAAAGAGAAAUUCGUAAACAUCGAUCGCGAAAAGCGAUUGAAAGAGGUUAUCAUGAUCGAAGGAGGAUACCGGGACAUGGGAUGCACAUUUUACUUGGACAGGAUCCAUGUGGUGGAGAAAACCCCGAGCUCAUGCGUUAUUGAAUCUUCUAUUGUUUAUGAAGUGAAAGAAGAGUAUGCUGAUGCCGUGUCUAAAUUAAUCACAACUGAACCAUUGAAGUCGAUGGCGGAAGUCAUCUCUAAUUACGUUAUACAGAAAGAAUCAGUUUCGCCAAGAAUUAAUAUUCUCGACAAGCAAUCUCAAGUGAAGAAGGAGAUUCGAUACGACCUGGAGGUACCAACCUCGGCUGAUUCUAUCUGGUCAGUUUACAGCUGCCCUGAUAUCCCUCGGCUUCUUAGAGAUGUUCUACUUCCCGGUGUGUUCGAGAAAUUGGAUGUCAUUGAAGGAAACGGUGGCGUUGGGACUGUUCUUGAUAUUGUUUUCCCUCCAGGUGCGGUACCACGUAGUUACAAGGAGAAAUUUGUUAACAUUAACCACGAGAAGCGAUUAAAAGAAGUGAUUAUGAUCGAAGAAGGGUACUUAGACAUGGGGUGCACAUCUUACCUGGAUAGGAUCCAUGUAGUUGAAAAAACCUCUAAAUCUUGUAUCAUUAAAUCAUCUGUGGUUUAUGAAGUGAAACGAGAGUGUGCUGAUGCCAUGUCUAAGUUAAUCACGACAGAACCAUUGAAGUCGAUGGCAGAAGUCAUCUCUAAUUACGCUAUCAAGCAACAAUCAGCUUCUGAGAGAAACAUUCCUAAGAAGCAAUCUGCUCUAAUUAGGAAAGAAAUUAAUUACGAAACGGAGGUGCAAACCUCAGCUGAUUCGAUUUGGAACGUCUACAGUUCCCCUGACAUCCAUCGACUACUUAGAGAUGUUCUGCUUCCUGGUGUUUUCGAAAAGCUAGAUGUCAUUGCAGGCAAUGGUGGCGUUGGUACUGUACUGGAUAUUGCUUUCCCUCUAGGUGCAGUUCCGCGGAGGUAUAAGGAGAAAUUUGUGAAGAUUAACCAUGAGAAGCGACUGAAAGAAGUGGUUAUGAUCGAAGGAGGAUACCUAGACAUGGGUUGCACAUUCUACAUGGACAGGAUCCAUGUCUUUGAGAAAACCCCAAACUCAUGUGUUAUCGAAUCCUCGAUCAUUUACGAAGUUAAAGAAGAGUAUGCUGCUAAAAUGGCUAAGCUAAUCACAACAGAACCAUUGGAAUCCAUGGCAGAAGUCAUCUCUGGUUAUGUUCUUAAGAAACGGCUCCAGGUAUUCGGAUUCGAGAUUAAGCCAAAAUUAAGAUUCAAUCUUUUGCUAUGUUUGAUUAUCUGUUUGGCUGUAGCCGGAGGUAUGUUUGUCGCUGGUUUUCCACUCUAAGCUUAGAGGGGAUUUUCUUAAAUGCAAUUUUAUUUUAAUAAAUAAAUAAUGGUUUUGAGCCUUAAAACUACGCAUUCAUACUGUUCCGGGGAGGUUGGCUUCCAAUUCAUACAAUUUGUAAUAAGAAAUUCCCAAGUUCUACAAGAUGAAAAAUGAAGGUGCUUUAGGCAAUGUUUGAAAA